CACAAGCUUUUCUUUCAUUUACCAAAGAUAGUGUAAUACAUUUAAGCAUUAAAGAUGAGUUCAUUGGUGAAAGGUCUCUUUGAUAAGCACCAAAAGGUGAAGGGAACUGUGGUGUUGAUGCAAAAGAAUGUCUUAGACAUCAACGAACUCACUGCAGCUCAAAGCGCCGGUGGUGUAGUUGACAGUUUCUUCGAUUUUGUUGGUGAUGCUGCCGGUACUGUAGCUGACACUGCCACCUCCUUGUUCCGCCGUUCUGUGGCUCUCUGGCUGAUUAGUGCUACCGUUGCUGAUGGAAAAACCGGAAAAGGCAAAGUGGGAGAGAAAACGUAUCUGGCAAGUGUUAUUACCUCCUUGCCAACAUUGGGAGAUAAACAAAAUGCUUUCAGUAUUGAAUUUGAAUGGGACAAUGACAUGGGAACUCCAGGAGCUUUUUAUAUUGAGAAUUAUCUGCAAGGUGGUGAAUUCUUCCUUGUCAGCUUGACUCUUGAAGAUGUUCCAAACCAUGGAACCAUCAACUUUGUUUGCAACUCAUGGGUUUACAACGCUAAAAAUUACAAAACUAAACGCAUUUUCUUUGCCAACAAGACAUACCUUCCAAGUGAAACACCAGCUCCUUUAGUCUACUACAGACAAGAAGAAUUGAAGACUUUAAGAGGAGAUGGAACUGGAGAGCGUAAGGAAUGGGAAAGAAUAUAUGAUUAUGAUGUCUACAAUGAUUUGGGUGAUGUGGACAAGAACGCUAGUUUGGCUCGUCCUGUUGUUGGAGGAUCUAGCACCCUCCCUUACCCUCGAAGAGGGAGAACCGGCAGGAAAGCAGCUCGUAAAGAUCCUAAGAGUGAGAGUCGAAGUGACACUGUUUACCUCCCAAGAGAUGAAUCAUUUGGACACACAAAGUCAUCAGACUUUCUUGUUCACAUACUCAAAUCUGCAUCUCAAAAUGUCAUACCUCGAUUAAGAUCUAUAGUUACAUUACAAUUCCAUGAGCCUGAGUUUAACACCUUUGAAGAUGUGCGCUCGCUCUAUGAAGGUGGAAUCAGGCUUCCUACUGAUAUACUAAGUGAACUUAGCCCAAUACCAUUGUUCAAGGAACUUUUCCGAACUGAUGGUGAAGCGGCACUUAAGUUUCCACCACCAAAAGUGAUUCAAGUCGAUCAUUCUGCAUGGAUGACUGAUGAGGAAUUUGCAAGGGAGAUGAUUGCUGGGGUGAAUCCACACAUCAUAAAAAAACUCUUGGAGUUUCCACCAAAGAGCAAGUUAGAUACCCAACUCUUUGGUAAUAAUACCAGCACCAUAACCAAAGAACAUUUGCAGCCAAACAUGGUUGGGGUCACGGUAGAACAGGCUAUCCAGAAUAAUAAAUUGUUCAUACUGGAUCACCACGACCCACUCUUUCCAUAUUUGAGGAAAAUAAAUGCAACCGAGACUAAGGCCUAUGCUACUAGAACCAUUCUUUUCUUGCAAGAUGAUGGAACUUUGAAGCCAUUGGCCAUUGAACUAAGUAGGCCACACCCUCAAGGUGAUAGUUUUGGUCCUGUUAGCAAAGUUUACUUGCCUGCAAGUGAAGGUGUUGAAGCUUCAAUUUGGCUCCUUGCCAAGGCUUACGUAAUUGUAAAUGAUUCAUGUUAUCACCAACUUGUUAGCCAUUGGUUGAACACUCAUGCUGUAGUUGAGCCAUUCGUCAUAGCAACAAAUAGGCAUCUAAGUGUGGUUCACCCUAUUCAUAAACUUCUGCUUCCACAUUAUCGUGACACGAUGAACAUAAAUGCACUAGCACGAAAUGUGUUGGUCAAUGCCGAGGGUAUUAUCGAGUCAACUUUCUUGUGGGGAAAGUAUGCUUUGGAAAUGUCUUCUGUCGUUUACAAGGAUUGGGUUUUCACUGAGCAAGGCCUACCUAAUGAUCUAAUCAAAAGAGGAGUGGCCGUUGAGGACCCUACUUCAGCAUAUGGUCUUCGACUUCUAAUAGAGGACUACCCUUAUGCUUCAGAUGGACUAGAAAUAUGGGCUGCUAUUAAAUCAUGGGUUGAUGAAUAUGUCAAUUUCUACUACAAGUCAGAUGCAUCUAUUGCACAAGAUUCUGAACUCCAAGCAUUCUGGAAAGAACUUGUAGAGGUCGGUCAUGGUGACUUGAAGAAUGCUACAUGGUGGUUUAAGAUGCAAACUCGUGAGGAGUUGAUUGAAGCUUGCACCACCCUCAUAUGGAUUGCUUCAGCACUUCAUGCAGCAGUUAAUUUUGGACAAUAUCCGUAUGGAGGAUAUAUCGUUAACCGACCAACUAAAAGUAGAAGAUUCAUGCCUGAGCAGGGAUCCCCUGAGUAUGAUGAGCUUGCUAAGGACUACCAGAAGUCUUAUCUGAGGACAAUAACACCCAAGAAUGAUACUCUUACUGACUUGACCAUUAUAGAAGUCUUGUCAAGGCAUGCUUCUGAUGAGCAAUACCUUGGAGAGAGAAUUGAAGGUGAUCUCUGGACUUCUGAUUCACAGCCAAAAGAGUCCUUUAAGAGGUUUGGAAAGAAGUUGGCUGAAAUUGAGCAAAAACUCAUUCAAAGGAACAAUGAUGAGACACUGAGGAAUCGUAACGGACCAGUGAAGAUGCCUUACACUCUGCUUUAUCCUUCUAGUGAGGAAGGAUUGACUUGCAGAGGCAUUCCCAACAGUGUCUCUAUCUAAAAAACGUCGUGGUUGUUGCGUUGUCGCUAUUAAUAAAAGAGGAGGAGGAAUCCAAUUCCCUCGCCCCCUAUGUAUAUCGUCAUGUUAUGUUAUUAUGUACGUUUGUUUUUAAUUCUGUAAUGUGUUUUAUCAAUAAAAACUAUCAUGUUUGAUUGUUAUAAUGUAUUUCAUCAAUAAAAGUUACUAUGUUUCUA